AAAAUAAUAGUCAAACGUUACCGGUGGCUCCGGUCAACGGUUGAUAAACCUCUUUCUAAAACUAACUCUCUCUCUUGCUGGGUCAUUCAAUUUUGUGGAGGAGCUUAUUGGGUUCUCUCAAUUUUUACCUCUUGUGAGUUUCAUCCAAAAAAGCUUCAAUUUUUAUCAUUUCUAUUCAAAGAAUUUUGAUUUUCACUUUCUGGGUUGUGCUUUUUCAAGCUUCAAGAAAAUGGCAGUUCUAUAAAGUUUAGCAGUUACAUGGUAGGACCAAGAUAAUUGAUUAUUGAAUCUUGAAUCAACGUACUCAUGUACCAAAAUUUGGCAAUUGGGAAAGUAAUGACAAUGUUCCUUAUACAGCAUAUUUUGACAAGGCGCGGAAAGGUCGAACUGGAACAAAGAUGAUAAACCCAAAUGACCCUGAGGAAAAUGUCGAUUUAGUUCUUGACAAUUCAUCGUCUGAUCUACCUCCUCCUUCCAAACCUAGAGCCAAUUCAGAGGAUCUAUCUGGAAAAGGAUCAGUGCGACCAACAAUUGAGUCUCAUAAGAGUCUUGAAGAUGGUGAUCGUAAGAACUAUGUUGACUCUCCAGCUCGGAAUGACAAUGUAGGCAAUAGAGCUCCUGGAGUAGGUUCUGCUGAUAACCGACGUAGACCUUCAAGACAAAGUACUGCUGGAUCUGAGUACAGCGUUGAACGAUCACCCCUUCAUCGUCAGGCUAGAGCUCCUGCUGGAAAAGAUAGUCCUUCAUGGGAAGGCGGAAAGAAUUCCUACGACAGCAGCCAUGGUACACCAGGAAGAUCUCGAUUAAGACCAGCUAAUCGAGGGGAUGAAACUCCUGAUAAAGGUGCAGCUGUUCCAAAAUUUGGUGAUUGGGAUGUGAGUAACCCUGCAUCAGCUGAUGGCUAUACUCACAUUUUCAACAAAGUGAGAGAAGAGAGACAAGGUGGGGCCGGACAUGCACCCGGAACACCUAAUGAGAGGCCGCAUGUUAUCCGCAACCAAGCUAACAGUGGCAAAGCUCAGUGUUGCUGCUUUGCUUGGGGGAGAAAAUAAUUUGUUGGAAAGUUUGAAUAGUGUCUGUGAAUGAUCAUGAGGUUUGUGUAGCACUUGUAAAUAUCCGCGGUUCUCUUUCCUUGCGGGAAGACAUCAUUGAAUUACAUUAUCAAUAUCAUAUAACUACUUUGUGCUCUUUUCUUUCAAAUGUGCUCAGCAAAAACACUUUGCAUGCAAGAUUGUGAUUUUUCUUUUUUUUUGGCCUUCUGUUGUGUUACUGUUAUGCUCUUAUGAUUCAAAUUAACUGUAUUUAUCCAAAAUAUGGAGUAUAUGAGAUUGGUUAUA